AUGACAGGCGAUCGUGAGCAUACCGGGGAACCGAUUGCCAUUGUGGGAAGUGCUUGCCGCUUCCCCGGUGAUGCGACAACCCCGUCAAAACUAUGGGAGUUGCUCAGAGAACCGCGAGAUGUGCUCUCCGAAAUCCCAGAUAGCCGGUUCAGCACCGAAGCCUUCUACCACCCUGAUGGUCUUCACCAUGGCACGACGAAUGUUCGACAUUCUUAUCUAUUGUCGGAAGAUCAUCGAUUGUUUGAUGCUCAAUUCUUUGGGACCAAACCAGUGGAAGCAAAUUCCAUUGAUCCCCAACAACGGCUUUUGCUUGAGACUGUCUACGAGGGACUUGAAACUGCUGGUAUUCCGAUGGAAAAGCUACAAGGAUCAAACACUGGUGUUUAUGUUGGUUUGAUGACCAACGACUAUGCCGAUAUGUUAGGUCGGGAUGUGCAAAAGUUUCCGACUUAUUUUGCAUCAGGAACCGCUCGAAGUAUUCUAUCUAAUCGCGUCUCCUAUUUUUUUGACUGGCGCGGCCCUUCUAUGACUAUCGACACGGCGUGUUCUUCCAGCCUGAUUGCACUGCAUCAAGCCGUACAGAGCCUACGGAGCGGUGAGACCAAUGUUGCCGUGGCAGCAGGAACCAAUCUUCUAUUGGGACCCGAGCAAUACAUCGCAGAGAGCAAGUUGAAGAUGCUCUCCCCCACCGGCCGUUCACGUAUGUGGGACAAAGGCGCAAAUGGAUAUGCACGCGGUGAUGGAAUUGCGGCGAUCAUACUGAAGCCACUGAAUGCAGCACUGGCGGAUGGCGAUCACAUUGAGUGUAUCGUGCGAGAGACAGGCGCCAACCAAGACGGUCGUACUAAAGGCAUCACGAUGCCCAACCCUGUAGCUCAGGCGCAACUUAUUCGGACAACGUACGCUCGAGCCGGCCUUGAUCUCUCCAAAUCCAGCGAUCGUCCUCAAUAUUUCGAAGCUCACGGUACCGGAACUCCUGCGGGUGACCCCGUCGAGGCGGAGGCUAUCAGUACUGCAUUCUUUGGAAAAACCGCUAAAUACCACCGAAAUGUCGACCAAGAGCCCCCGUUGUAUGUCGGCUCCAUCAAAACGGUGAUUGGCCACACUGAAGGGACAGCCGGAUUGGCAGCAGUCCUCAAAGCAUCGCUGGCCUUGCAAAAAGCGGUGAUACCGCCAAAUCUACUACUUGAUGAGUUGAGUCCAACGGUACUCCCUUUCUAUGACAAUCUUGAAAUUCUCGACGCGGCCAAGGAAUGGCCUCCACUGCCAGAUAACACCCCUCGUCGCGCUAGCGUCAACAGCUUUGGAUUCGGUGGAGCAAAUGCCCACGCCAUUCUAGAGGCAUUCGAUGCUUGUCUCCCGGCGGAAGGUAGAAAAAUGACAAGUAGCCACUCGGUAGGCGCAUUGGCAUUUAACUUCUCCGCUUCAUCGGAAAAGUCACUUCUGGCGAGCAUUGCAGCAUAUUCGGCAUAUCUGCAGAGCCAUGGAGAUAUAAACAUUCGGGAUCUGUCCUGGACUUUGAACUGUCGGCGCUCCACCUUGCCAGUGCGACUAUCGGUAUCCGCAUCAAACCUAGAACAGCUUAUCGGUAGCCUGGAGCAAGCAGUGCACUCAGAGGGAAUAACCCCAAGUACGCAGACAGCGAAUGUCCGCAACCCCAAACUCCUCGGAGUAUUCACAGGCCAAGGGGCACAAUGGACUCAAAUGGGCGCCGAAUUGCUCGCAAGCUCACUAAUGUUCAGUGAUUGCAUUGCUCGUCUUGACCGGUCUUUGCAGGAGCUACCCACCGAGCAUCGCCCCGUUUGGUCACUGAGAGAGGAGAUCCUCAAGGACAAGACCUCUUCUCGCAUUGGGGAAGCAGCCUUUUCGCAACCUCUUUGUACGGCGAUCCAGAUUGCGCUGGUGCAACUUCUCCAUGCAGCCAAUCUGAAAUUCGCUGCCGUCGUUGGCCAUUCAUCUGGGGAGAUUGCCGCGGCUUACGCUGCCGGAUAUAUCAACGAACAGGAUGCUAUCCGUAUUGCCUAUUACCGUGGAUGGUCCCUCCAAUACGCAAGUGACCGUGAUGGAUCAAAGGGGGCAAUGAUGGCAGCGGGAACGUCAUUUGAAGAUGCAAAAGACCUUUGCGAGAUGCCUUCACUCGAGAACAGAAUCUGUGUGGCUGCUAGCAACUCCUCCGCCAGCGUUACACUCUCAGGGGAUAUUGAUGCGAUCGAAGAGGCAAGAGAAAUUCUCGAAGACGAAAAGAAAUUUGCACGCCUAUUGAAAGUCGACAAAGCAUACCAUUCGCAUCAUAUGGUUUCCUGUUCUUCUCCGUAUAUCGCAGCAAUCCGCAAAUGCGGUAUCAAAAUACAGCGUCCACCAAGCGGCAGUGCCACCUGGAUCUCCAGUGUGUAUGGCGAGAACAUCGAGAACGUGAACGAUAAUCUUGCCGACACAUAUUGGAGCAACAAUAUGGUCAAUCCAGUGCUAUUUUCCCAAGCAAUCACAUAUGCCGUUGGCGCAUCUGGGCCAUUUGAUAUGGCUUUGGAAGUUGGUCCUCAUCCAGCAUUGAAAGGACCUGCGAUGCAAACGAUUCAAGAAGUCUCUGGGCAGACAUUGCCAUAUACUGGGACUUUGAGCCGAGGUAAGAUUGACAGUGAGGCUUUCGCAUCUGCACUGGGCACAGUGUGGACUGCAUUGGGAGAGAGUGUCGUGGACUUUGCCGGCUUCGAACGAAUGGGAAACCGGAACACUCAAACCCCGGAGCUUAUCAAAGGCCUUCCAUCAUAUUCUUGGGAUCAUGACCGUAUCUACUGGCAUGAAUCUCGAUUAUCUGCCACAAUGCGCACAGAGAAGGAAGCAUUUCACUCCUUACUUGGUGUCAAAUGCCCCGACGGGACAGACAAAGAGCUACGCUGGCGCAAUUAUCUUCACCCCAGGGAAGUCCCCUGGCUGGCACAUCACCAGGUCCAAGGUCAAAUGGUAUUCCCUGCGGCUGGUUACAUCUCGGCAGCAGUGGAGGCUGUCAUGCAAAAAUAUAAACAGGGAUCUGUGCAACUGAUUGACUUCCACGAUGUGAUCAUCGGACAAGCCUUGGUCCUUGAAGAAAACGGUGGAGUAGAAACAAUUUUCAGACUGUCAAUCGAUCAAGUCCACGAUGAUUGUGUGUCUGCAUCAUUUACCUGCCAUUCUGAUGCCAACAAGGGGUCAGCCAGUAUGUCGCUACAUGCAUCCGCCACCUUGCGAAUCAUUACAGGAGACCCAAACCUCGAUAUCCUACCACCACGAGGACAGCCACAUGGCUCAUUUUUGGAUUUGGAAACCGACCGAUUCUACAAUUCAGUGGCCGAGCUUGGAUUCGGCUAUACUGGACCUUUCCAGGCUCUGUCCAGUCUAUGCAGGAAAAUGGACGAGGCGUCGGGUUUAAUUGCGGUACCAAUGGCGUCCGAAGACGAAAGACCCUUAAUAAUUCACCCGGCGUCACUUGAUGGAGCCAUUCAGUCUAUCAUGCUUGCCUAUUCCUUCCCAGGAGAUGGGCGCCUACGCACUCUUUACCUUCCUACUCGGAUCGACAGGCUCCGCAUAAACCCGACCGCAUGCGUCGCUCUUGGAGGUCCUGGGGCGGACCUGCCAUUCCAUUCUGCAGUGACUGAUGCCCGGUUCGCCGAACUAUCUGGAGAUGUUGAUAUAUUUUCCGUUGACGGCAAGAAGACUUUGAUACAACUUGAAGGACUUCACACCACACCGCUAAGCCCAUUGACAUCGAUUAACGAUAUCCCGUUCUUCACUGAAGUGAUCUGGGAUGUUGAUAGGCCAAUCGGCCGUGAUUUAAAACUGGGUGCUGUGGAUAUGCUUGCAGAAGACUGUUCUGCAGCCUUGGACCUCGAACGUGUCGCCCAUUUUUACUUCAAACAACUGAAACUUUCACUCCAGCAGUCUGAUCGUGCUAACGCCACUUGGAACCAUACACACCUCCUCUCAUAUGUUGAACAUUGUCUCUCCUCAGUUGCUAAUGGAACCCACAAAUUCACGCAGCCGGAAUGGGCUAGUGACACGAUUGAUACAAUUGCUCCAAUCUUGAAUCGUCAUUCCGACAAGAUAGACAUCAAACUGAUGUGCGCUGUUGGAGAGAAUCUCCCAGCUGUCAUUCGUGGAGAUAAGAACUUGCUUGAGAUCCUGAUGCAAGAUCACAUGCUCGCGGAGUUCCAUGCCAAAACACUUGGAAUAGAUCCAUACUUGGAUGCUAUUGCCGAAACAGCUCGCCAGAUCAGUCAUAGAUACCCUCAUCUCAACGCUUUGGAGAUUGGAGCCGGCGCCGGUGCUACUUCAGAAAGAGUGAUUUGUGCAAUGGGCUCGGCGUUUGCCUCAUACACAUACUCUGAUAUUCACGAUUCGCAAUUCGACGACGCACGCGAGAGAUUCUCACAAUUCCAAUCAAGAAUGGCAUUUAAAUUGUUGGACAUCGAGAGAAACAUUGAAGAGCAGAGCUACGAAGAGAGUUGUUUUGAUCUUGUCAUAGCUCCGCUGGCCCUGUACGCAACCAGAAAGCUUGAAACGACCCUCUCGAAUGUUCGCCGGCUCCUCAAGCCUGGUGGAUACCUAGUGAUGCUUGAACUUACAAACCCUGAAGUGAUGCGCUUCGCACUCAUUCUGGGAGGCCUCCCAGGCUGGUGGUUAGGUUAUGAGGAGGGACGGACGUUAUCGCCCUGCAUAUCGGAGCACAAAUGGGAAGAACUGAUGCAAAGGGUCGGAUUUUCUGGCUUCGAAGCUAGCUCGGUGUCGUCUUCCACGACCUCUCCUCUGCCAUUCUCAGUCAUGGUAACCCAAGCAGUCGAUCAUCGCGUGAACUUUCUCCGCAACCCUCUUUCACCUAAUCAUAUACCAUUGGGUGUGGACUCCCUGACGAUUAUCGGCGGAAAAACCUCCUUGACCGCUACUCUAGUAGCUGAGAUCACAACGGCAGUCCGCCAGCACUAUGGCAAUAUUCACACGGCCAGCUCUUUAGAUGAUCUGGUAUCCACACAAUUACCCGUCAUGGGCUCAGUGAUCAGUUUGAUUGAGUUAGAUGGACCGGUUUUACAGGACAUGUCACCUGCGAAUCUGAAGACAUUCCAAGAGCUCUUCAAACAAAGCAAGAAUGUUUUAUGGUUAGGACACGGUGCCCAAGGUGACAAUCCAUACGGAAACAUGUUUGCAGGAGUUCAACGUACAUUGGCUAUGGAGAUGGCUCAUCUUCAUAUACAUUUCCUUAACCUGCAUUCUUUGGUCGAUGCCGAUGCCCUCAUAAUAGCAACGAAGCUCCUCCAUCUGGAAGCAUCUGAGAUCUGGGACCAGUCCGGCCAGCUGGAUGGGGUCUUGUGGACUAAUGAGCGAGAGGUCCUGUUGCAAAAUGGCCACCUUAAGGUUCCUCGAUUCCGUCUUGACUCUCACCGGAAUGAUCGAUACAAUUCCUCAAGGCGGCUGAUCAUCAAAGAGAUUGACCGUGCAGAGUCUGCUGUCACUAUUCAGCCAACAGAGAUGGGAUAUCAAGUUGAAGAGAAGGCUCUUCGGUCGCAUCCAUCUUUCCUGGAUAAUGUUGAGAUUGAAGUCACCCAUUGCUUGCUACGUGCUGUCCGCAUUGGUGCAACACACAGCUUAUUCCUGGUGAUUGGUAGGAAAAGGGACACCAGUGAGCACAUGGUCGCCCUAUCCCAUACUCUGGACUCUCAAAUCCAUGUGCCGCAUAGCCUAGCCGUGCGUUGCGGUGACUCUGACGAGCUAGGAAUUCGGUCGAUGUUAACUUUGUAUUCUCAUUUUCUGGCUCUCUCUAUGUUACAGCAACUCCAAUCCGGGAAGACGCUCGCUGUGUUGGACCCUGACUUUUCUUUCUUCCCGGUUCUUACAAAAUACGCAAACGAGAAAGGUGUGCAGCUCGUGCUUUUGACAACAAAAGAGGGACAGUGCUCAUGGCCAUGGAUCCGCAUUCAUCCAAACUCGACCCGACGGGAAAUACUGACCAAGCUGCCUCGCAAUAUUUCCCGGCUUGUCAACAUGGGUGGCGAGUCUGCUGUACUGUCGGUUCUCAAAACAUGUUUGCCCCCUAAUUCUCAGUUUGAAAGCGAGGCUACACUGACUGAAAACUGCUCACAAUCCCCGUACGACUCAGACAGGGGUCAAUUGGCCACCAACUUCCAAACCUGUUGGACAAAGGUGCAAUAUGACCUCAUGCCGGUUAAUAGCCAUAAGUUUGUGCCUGUUGGCCUUCACGACCUUAUCCACGCCUCAAAACCCUCGGCAGAGCAAUCCCUUGUUGCAUGGGGUCAACCACGACUUCCGGUUCAAGUUCGCCCGGCCACCAAACAGAUCAAGUUCUCAAAGGACAAAACCUACUGGCUUGUUGGACUGACUGGCGGGCUCGGCCUGUCACUUUGUCAGUGGAUGAUGAGGCAAGGCGCACGAUAUAUUGCCCUAUCCAGUCGGAACCCGAACAUCGAUGAUCAAUGGCUGCAGAGGAUGGCUACAAAUGGCUGUACUGUCCGAGUCUUCUCUAAUGAUAUAACAAAUCGCGAAUCAGUCCAAGCAACCCACCGCCAUAUCAGUGAAACUAUGCCCCCUAUCGCAGGUGUUGCACAAGGUGCAAUGGUUCUACAGGACACAAUGUUCAUUGAUCUAGAUCUGCCUCGACUUAAGAAGGUUCUUGACCCGAAAGUUGAGGGCAGUAUCUUGUUGGAUGAACUCUUCCCAAAGGAUACAUUAGAGUUUAUGGUAUUCUUCUCAUCAAUGGCUGCUAUGACAGGAAAUCCUGGACAAGCUGCUUAUAAUGCUGCCAACAUGUUCAUGGCAAGCCUGGCAGCACAGCGCCGAAAUCGUGGCCUGGCAGGCCAUGCGAUCAAUAUCGGCGCGAUUGUUGGUAAUGGGUAUGUUACUCGAGAGUUGAACAUGGGCCAACAAUCGUAUCUUUAUCGGGUUGGUCAUUCGUGGAUGUCCGAACAAGACUUCCAUGAGGUCUUUGCCGAAGGCGUUCUCACCUGUUUGGAUCGCAGAGGAAGCGCUGAACUGUGCUGUGGGCUCAGAAUUGACGAUGACGAGUCAAAGAGUUGGGUUUCUAACCCAAUGUUCCAACACUUGGUUUACAAAUCGAGCAAUCUGGUCGUCGUAGACAAGAAAGGAAAGUCCGGGGUGCUAGUCAAAACGCGUCUCUUCGAGGCAACGUCAAAAGACGAAGUCAUCGAGAUUCUCCAAGAUGGUUUUGUUUUAAAGCUUCAAUCGGCCCUUCAGGCUGAUCCCACCAAGCCAAUGUUGGAUAUGAGCCCAGACGAGCUUGGUGUUGACUCAUUGGUCGCUGUUGACCUUCGCUCUUGGUUCCUCAAAGAAUUGGGAGUGGACAUGCCAGUAUUGAAAAUUUUCAAUGCUGCGUCGAUCCGCGAACUAUUAGCUAGUGCAGCAGAUGUUCUUCCUGAGGGCUUAAUUCCUAAUCUGACUGCUGGAGAAGAGGCCGUAGACCCAGGUCCUGAGCAACCCAAUGGCCGCUUGGUGGUGACCAGUCCCACUGUGGAUGACAUUGCUUCAGAAACAAGAAACGAGUCUGCAGACUUCAAGUAUGCCCUUCCAGACGCAAGCAAUGCAUAUAGUGGCAGUUCUGCGACUUCUAUUAACACUGGGGAUUCUAAUUCCGAAAACGACCCUGAUUCUUCUUCAUCCGUUUUCACUGAUGACAUUGAGACACACUGCCCAAAACGCGAACUUCAAAGAUCGGUGCCGAUGUCAUAUGGGCAGUCGCGCUUCUGGUUUCUAGAACACAUGGUGGAAGACAAGACCGCGUUUAACAUCACACCGACGUUCGAACUGUGUGGUCGUCUGAGAAUUGACGAUUUCGCAAAGGCAAUACAAGCCGUGGGACAGCAUCACGAAGCCCUGCGAACGUUCUUCUUCACUGACAAUGAGCAAAAUCACAUGCAAGGUGUUUGGACAAAAUCAACGCUGCGCUUGGAACACGUUGAAAUCUCGGAUGAAGGAGAAGUCGAAGACGCCUCGCGACAAAUGAAGGAACAUGCUUUCAAUUUGGCCGACGGCGAGAUUAUGCGCGUUCAACUGCUGUCUCUCAGUCCGGAAAGACACUGGAUUUUAUUCGGCUUCCAUCACAUCAACAUGGAUGGCAUUAGUUUCGAGGUCUUUUGGUCGGACAUUGAAAAGGCAUAUCAAGGUCAACUCCUCUCUCAAGAUGGGCUACAAUAUCCCGACUUUACGCUCCGUCAACUUCGUGAACACGAGGAAGGCGCCUGGGACGAGGAUCUGAACUACUGGAGAGCACAAUAUGUGCAAAUCCCACCCACAAUACCUCUUCUAGCAUUCUCCCUGCAGCCUUCGCGUCCCAAGGUUGCUCAGUUUGGCUCCCAUACCACUCAGAUCCGCCUCGAUGAGGGUAUCUCGGAUUCGAUUGACCGGUGUUCCCGGAUGUUCAAGUCGACCCCCUUUCACUUUCAUUUGGCAGUAUGGCAAAUCCUACUGCUCCGUUUCUUCGCUUUAGAAGACAUUUGCAUCGGCCUAGGGGAUGGGAACCGUACAGAUUCCGACAUUCUUCGGAGCAUGGGGCUCUUUCUUAACCUUCUCCCUGUGAAAUUUGCUCAGCAACCUAGCCAAUCCUUUGGCGAAUCGCUAAAGGGAGUUCGGAGCAUUACACAAGCCGCAUUUGGCCACUCUCGCGUGCCAUUUGAUGUGAUUUUAACGGAACUUAAUGUUCCGCGAUCUGCGUCCCACAAUCCCCUGUGUCAAGCGUUCUUCAACUAUCGACCUAAGAUCGAGCAGUCACGAAGCUUUUGUGGCUGUGUAACCGAUGGAGCGCUCUUGGGUGGAGGUGAAACGUCUUUCGAUCUCAGUCUAGAUGUUGGUAACGUUGGUGCUGGGGAAACAUUGGUUCACCUGUCUGUUCAGAAAAGCUUGUAUGGAAUGGAGCAUGCUGAAAUUCUGCUUCGGUCAUAUUCCAAUCUUUUGAAAGCUUUCAUUCAAAACCCUGCUACGCGGGUCAGCUGGCCGGAGUUACAUUCCAAAACCGACGCCGAGGAGGCUGUUGUUGCUGGAAGAGGACCCGAGCUUCGAGCAGAAUGGCCUAUGACUAUAAUCCAUCGUCUAGACGAGGUUGCUCUGCGGUAUCCAAAUCGAGUUGCAUUGAAGAACGAGGGCGGAAGCUCGCUGACCUAUGCUGAAGCCCAGCGUAGGAUCAAUGUGAUCGCCAAUGAGCUCUUAAAUCACGGGUUUGGCAUCGGGACACGAGUUGGGAUCUUCCAGUCACCCGGUGCAGACUGGAUAUGUUCUCUCAUAGCUAUCCUGCGCACUGGCGGUGCAUAUAUUCCACUGGACAAAAGGGUUGGGACGAGCAGGCUCGCGAUGAUCAUGGAGGAAACGAAGGCACCUGUUGUAUUGCUCGAUGCAAGUACAAUGCCUGACUAUGGUCUUUUGCAUACUACGGCCCAACCUAUUGAUGUUGGUGGCCUACGCAGCCCCGAUGCGCGCCCGGUUUCAAACAAGGCAGUCCCAACCCAGACCGCUAUCAUCAUGUAUACCAGUGGAUCGACCGGUGUUCCCAAGGGAAUCAUGAUUCCACAUUCGGCGUAUGCUCAUCAUGUUCAGUCAUCUACUACAAUAUGGAAUCUGAAACAGGGCGAUGAGACGAUUUUGCAUCAGUCAUCAUAUGCGUGGGAUGCGUCUCUAUGGCAAAUCAUGGCCUCGCUCUGCUGUGGUGCCACCCUUCUGAUCGCAUCUGAUCGCACGCGACGUGAUCCUGUCGCACUUACAAAACUUAUCGCAUCAGAAAGCGUGACAUGCACCCUUGCAACCCCGACGGAAUAUCUUGCCUGGUUCCAUCAUGGUCGCCACCAUCUGAACAACUCUUGCUUGACAACUGCGGUAUGCGGUGGUGAACCUUUGCCCAGCGUACUCAUCAGGGAAAUUCAAAAGCUCCAGCGGCCGAACCUCAAAUUGAUCAAUGCUUACGGUCCAGCGGAGAUUAGCGUUGCAUGCUCCAGCACUGAAGUUCCAUAUAGUCCGGCGGAUGUGGAUUUCCAACCGCCUCCGAAAGCUCUGUAUACUCUGCCAAAUUAUUCUGUCUACAUUGUCGACCAAAAUCUGAACCCCGUUCCCUUCGGAGUCCCUGGUGAAGUGGUCAUCGGAGGUGCAGGGGUUGCUCAGGGCUAUCUUGACGAUACAAAAACAAGUGAGCGCUUCUCGUAUGACCAUCAUGCAAGCCAAUAUUUUCAAGAGAACAACUGGACAGCAAUCCACCGAACUGGGGACUUCGGAAAGCUCAAUCGUGAUGGGGGUCUUGUUCUCCUUGGGCGCAUGAAAGGUGACAACCAAAUCAAAUUGAGAGGAAUUCGGAUCAAUAUCGAGGAAAUCGAAAUGGCCAUCAUCGACUCUUCUGGUGGAACUAUUACCCAGGCUGUGGCGUCCGUCCGUUCAAGCUUAAAGCCAGAUGGUGGCGAUCAAUUCAUUGUUGCGUUCGUGGUGAUGACUUCUACGGAAACCCCUGGAAAUGUCCUUCUGCUCCUCAAUCGCCUUUCUCAGGAGCUGCCGCUGCCGGUGCAUAUGCGACCAGCUGCUAUGAUACCGGUCGAGGAUAUUCCCCAAAAUGCAUCAGGCAAGAUAGACCGAGUUGCAGUUGACACGAUUCCCAUCCCUUCGACUCCAUCCCAGCUGUCCGAUGACAAACAACUCACCACAUGUGAGAAGACAUUGCGCCAGCUUUGGCAACAAGCGCUACCCCGUGAAAUCGCCGACUUUCAUUCAAUUGAUGCCCAAUCCGACUUCUUUCACAUUGGCGGCUCAUCGCUUGCCCUUGUUAGUCUACAAGCUCUGAUUAAGGAUCACUUCGGUGUGUCCAUGCCAUUGUAUCAACUCUUCGAAGCAAGCACGCUCCGCCGAAUGUCUACGAUCAUCCAGGGCGUGUCCCGUCCGACUCUUCAACUGGAUGUGGAUUGGAACACGGAAACCAAAGUCACACCCGACCUAGCUGCGCUGUCGAAUUACCACGGUGACCACACUGUGGCAUCGGGAGUCGGCAUUGUGGUGCUUACUGGGGCAACGGGCUUCCUUGGCAGAGAAAUCCUCCGGGGGCUCAUUGACGACGAAAUGGUCGAAUCUAUUCACUGUGUUGCCAUCAGAAAAAGCCAUUCAGAUCUCCCUAAACUAUUCGCCCAUUCAAAGGUCCAUGUGCAUUCUGGUGAUCUAGGAGCUCCGCUGCUAGGACUCUCGGAACCUGACGCUUCACGGAUAUUUGCGCACGCAGAUAUCGUCAUCCACAAUGGUGCAGAUGUGUCGUUCAUGAAGACAUACCAGACUCUCAAGCUCAUAAAUGUGGCAUCUACCAAAGAACUUGUCAAGCUUGCAUUGCCCCGGCGCAUUCCCUUUCAUUUUGUCUCCUCGGCCGGUGUUGCGCGUCUUGCUGCCCAGGAAAGCUUUGGGGAGAUAUCUGUGGCAUCGUUCCCGCCCCCUUCCCCACCAUUAGAUGGGUACAUUGCUGCGAAGUGGGUCAGCGAGGUAUAUCUCGAGAAUGUCAACCGCCAGUCUGGUCUCCCAGUAUGGAUUCACCGCCCGUCUAGUAUCACUGGCACUGAUGCACCGGAACUUGAUCUCAUGGGCAACGUCAUUCGCUAUACCAGAGAAACACAGAAAGUGCCCGAUUCCAAUCUAUGGACUGGGGUCUUUGACCUCAUUUCUGUACAGUCCGUGGCAAGUCAGCUUCUUGAAGCCGUUCACCAAUCUGAUCAAAGAGGAACCGAGCCACCGGCACGCUCUGUGAGAUACCUCUAUGAGUCUGGGGAGAUAAUAGUUGGACGAGAUGAGAUUAUUCCUUUGAUGGAAUCGGGGACUGGUCAACAGUUCAAAGCAGUUCCCCUCGCAGAGUGGGUGACUUCGGCCGAAGAAGUAGGAAUGAGUCGAUUGUUGGGCGAGUAUCUACGCAGGGCUUCAGAUGGGCAAGUUCUGCUCCCUAGGUUGAUUAAGACUACUAUACCUGUUGGGAAUCAGGAUCAAUGA